AGCGCAUGGCAGUGCAUGAGUGUGUCUUCAUCCCUUUUGCCACUUGGGGAUUACUGUUGUAACCCAGGGACGUUUUUCGUGCUGCUGUGCACUUUUCCGAGGAGCCCUGGCGGAAUCACUUCCGAGGAGAGGUUAGGCUGCAAUUCCCAUUUUGGUGCACCAGGAGCUGCGGGGCUGCAAUGCACACCUCUGAGGCUGCGCUAUGCUCAGGAUAACAAAGGAAUCGACAUGGAAGAUGUGAGCUCCAAAAGGGUCAGUGAAUUCUUGCAGAAAUGUGUCAAACUUGAGGAUCACGACAGGAAUGCGCAGCCCAAAGAAGAGAUCCUAGAAGUGCAAUCUCUUCCUAUCCUCGCACCAUCCUACCCUCAGACAGUUCAAGAAGAAAUAUCAAUGGUCUUCAACACCUGUGCAAUGCCAGCCAACUUGGGCCCGUGCACCAGAAGGAGGCGUGAAAAGGGCACCGGCCAUGAUGGCACAAGCACGUCUCUCUACGUUGACCGGCGCAAAUCCAAGGUGUGGAACUACUACACCAAGCUGGGGGACGCCUACGUUGAGUGCAAUGUCUGCAAGAAGCAGUUGUCCUUCCACAACAGCACCACAACCAUGAGGGAACAUCUGGUGAGGAAACACAGCAUCCGUGACACUUUGCUCUCUCAGUUAAAGGAUGACCAGAUCUCAGACCCUGACUACAUCGCUCAGGAGAACGCAAUCAAAAGGGCUCGCCAGCUAACACCUGAAAACAACAAUCAGUACCACACUGUGCCCUGCACAGAACCUAGAACUGAUGUAAUUCUGGAGCUUGUGCUAGAAAUGAUUUUUCGGGACCUCCACCCCCUCUCAGUAGUGAAGGACAAAGGCUUUGGUCUUCUGAUUGGCUACCUAGAACCCAGUUUUAUCCUUCCAUCUCCUAUGCAGCUCUCUAGCAUGUUGUGGCACCGAUACAACGUCGUCAAGCAACACCUGGAACAUUACCUACAAACUGCCCAGUCGGUUGUGAUCUGUGCUGAGUUCUGGGUCUCCCAACCCAACCAGACAUACCUGACAAUCAUGGCUAACUUCAUUGAUGGGGAAUGGCGACGGGCAAGAUGCAUCUUGGAGACCCAACAGGUGCAUGAGAAUAAAAUGGAGAGCAAUUUGGGAGACAGGUUGUACUCGGUCUUGACGGACUUUGGGAUGCCCAGCAAGUCUGUUUUCUGUGUGAUGCAUGACAGCCUCCAAGAUAUGGAGGUGAACUCCUCCCAACUCAAAUGUGUCUAUGGCUGGACUAGCAUGUGCUGUGCUGCUCACCUGCUGCACCUCUGCGUCCAGGCAGGUCUUGAGGUGGAGCAGGUACAAGAGGCCCUGAGUGCCGCUCGUAGCAUCGUCUGCUACUUCCAGCAGGAUGCUAAAGCCACCUGCUCACUGAAUAGCAAACUGGAAGCCAUCAACAAGACCAAACUGAAGCUGGUGAUGGACACUGGAGCUCGGUGGAUAACAACCAUUGAGAUGUGCGAGUGCCUGCUGGAUCUCAAGUGGGCCAUCAUGUCUGUGUUGGAGGAACAUCCCAAGGGAACGACUGUGGUCCAGAAUUUGGCAGACCAUCAGUGGAAACUCUUGCAGGACCUAAUGCCUGUCAUGAGGACCCUAAAGAUCGCCACAUCCUUCUUGAGGGAGGAGCAGAACUUCUCCAUAUCUUCCUUGAUGCCAUGCAUCCACGGCAUUGUGACCGCCAUUGGACAGCAGUCAGAAGAGGCAAGUGGCACCAUUAAGACUGUGGUGAACAAUAUAAGGUCAGAACUCACACAACGUUGGGGCAUCUCAGAUGAUGAGAAGCUGCUGGAGAGCCCAGCCGUGGUUGCGUCCUUCUUAGACCCGCGUUUCAAAGAAAUGAGGUUCCUCAGUCCCAGUCUGCGGAGUGAGCUCCACAAAAAAAUCAAAAACAUGCUGUCCCAGUUCUUUAACCACCAAUCCCCAGUCUCAACCCAGUUCUGGGUUCCAAGCUCUGACUAUAAAGCAGAGGUGAGUGAAGCCGCCAGUCAGCUCUCUGCUCAUAAGGAAAGAGGUCCAAGCGGGCAGUCCCAGAGUAUGUACGACAUCCUCUUAGGGAAAGACCCAACGGAGAGCAUGCCUGAGAUCCACCAGCAGCUGGAGAACUACAUUGUGGAGCCCCUCUGCAAGCGCAGCACGAACCCCUUGGACUGGUGGAAGAACAAUGAGCACCGUUUCCCUUCUGUUGCCAGAUUAGCCCGGCAAUACCUGGCCAUACCGGCAACGGUUGUGCCACCAGAUCAGGCCUUUGCUGCCAGUGAAAGUGCCCUGGAGCACAGGAGGGGUGUGCUUGCCCCCGAAAAUCUGGACCAGAUUCUCUUCUUGCAUCAAAAUUUCGAUUUUUUGGAAUCUAUGAGAAACAGCGGUGAGAAUCCAAAUAAGACUGUGCAGAACCAGUUCUGAAAGUUGGGUGUGGAAAAAGCACAGAAGCUGUCCAGAGAAUUAGUGUGUGAUGUAUGGUCGAAGGCUUUUGUGGCCGGAAUCACAGGCUUGUUGUAAGUUUUUCGGGCUGUAUAGCCAUGUUCCAGAAGCAUUCUCUCCUGAUGUUUUGCCCACAUCUAUGGCAGGCAUCCUCAGAGGUUUUGAGGUUUGUUGGAAACUAGGAAAAUAUAAUAAUAUAAAAAUAAACUUUAUUUAUAGAAUCAUAGAAUCAAAGAGUUGGAAGAGACCUCAUGGGCCAUCCAGUCCAACCCCAUUCUACCAAGAAGCAGGAAUAUUGCAUUCAAAUCACCCCUGACAGAUGGCCAUCCAGCCUCUGUUUAAAAGCUUCCAAAGAAGGAGCCUCCACCACACUCCGGGGCAGAGAGUUCCACAGCUGAACGGCUCUCACAGUCAGGAAGUUCUUCCUCAGGUUCAGAUG